AUGAGAAAUAGAUUGUGUCACCCUUUGCGGAAGAUUAACAAGGAGGGUCGUUGUUCCUCUCCCCCUUGGGGAGUUUUGAAACUUAACAUUGAUGGCUCAUCUCGAGGGAAUCUUUGCCAUGCUAGUAGAGGUGGAGUUGGUCGUGAUAGUUCUGGAGAUAUCAGGUUUAUUUUCUCAAUUUAUAAGGGUUUUCAUACCAAUAAUUUAAUGGAGGCUCUUGCCAUUUUGUAUGUGGUGGAGCGUAGUUGUGCUCUUGGCUGGAAACAGAAUAUUUGUGAAUAUGAUUCUCAUGUGGUGGUGACUUUGUUGAAUGAGCACCAAUUAGACAAGGUUAGCUGGCACUUGGCUAUGUUGAUUAGGCAUAUUCUUUGGUUGUGCAAUUCCACAGAAUCUGCUACUUUUAAUCGCAUUCCUAGGGAAUGGAAUGGAGUUGCUGAUUGUUUAGCCAAGUGGGCGUCUGAUCAUGGGUAG